CAGUCAUCCGCAACAAAGGGGAAAAGUGGAAGCGAAAACACGAGGCUCACGCUACCAGAACUUAAAUCAAUUUAGGAUUAAAUUUGAGUAUAAAUACGUCCUCAAAUGGAUCCUUUGGCCUUGAAAAAUUUCAAAGAUUUCUUGCAACUCUACAACUUAGUUUCCGAGACGUGCUUCAACAACUGUGUCACUUCUAUGCACUCCAGAGACUUGCAGACAGAAGAGAUUUCGUGCGUUGAGCGAUGCUGUGGAAAAUUUGUAAAAACUAAUCACGCAGUCAUGGCAACAUUUGUGGAAGUGCAGCCGAUCAUCGUUAACCGACGAAUCGAAGAAAUGAAUGCCGCUAACGCCCUAAUCCAGCAGCAACAAGCGCAACAACCUGCCGAGCCACAACAACAAUGA